UAUAUUUAACCAUUUAUCAUAAUGUAGCUCUUUCAUAUGUUAGUUUUAAAGAACGUUGCAACAUUUCUGCAACUUUUGCUUGCGUCGCUGUCAGCAUGGAUUAGGCACCGGAAAACACCAUGAUACCCUCUUUUUUUCUUUUCCGUUCCUUUCAUUCCUGCUAUCCCUGGCCCUGCCGAAAAAGAUGCAUGAAAACACACACACACCACCAUGUGUCGUGUGAUGCAUGAAAAGAAAGAUAAAGAUGCAUUCAGAAACGAACAGUACUUUCUGCAGGCUCUCCACUCCACUCCUGCCGAUUACGCCACUGGUUCAUGGAAAGUUGUUUAUUUUCCACGAUGAGCACACCUACACUGCACACCUUGUUCUUGUUGGAUACAAAAGAGUCAAAGACUCCCUUCCUACAAUCCUACCCGCACCGACGUUGACAGUUCCACCAGUCCCAUGGCUCCGCCGCUUGCUCGCCUCGUUCUCGUCGUCCUCGCUGCCGCCGUCCCACUCUUGGCUGCACCCGCGGCGGCGGCGACAGCAGCAACGGUGUUCCCGAAAGAAGCGCUCCCGACCAAGUCCGGGUACCUCCCGAUCCCGCCUGCGAACGCCUCCCUCUUCUUCGCCUUCUACGAGGCCACGGACCCGGUCACGCCGCCGGCUUCCACGCCGCUCCUCCUCUGGCUGCAGGGCGGUCCCGGCUGCUCCGGCCUCGUGGGCAACUUCUUCGAGCUCGGCCCCUACUUCGUCAACCCCGACGGCGAGACCCUCUCGCGCAACCCCUUCGCGUGGAACCGCCGCUUCGGUCUCCUCUUCAUCGACAACCCACUCGGCACCGGCUUCAGCGCGGCGCCGUCCCCGGCCGACAUCCCCACCAACCAGUCCGUCGUCGCCGCGCACAUCCUCGCCGCGCUGCAGUCCUUGUACUCCCUCGACCCGACCCUCCGCGCGCGGCCCUUCUUCCUCACGGGCGAGAGCUACGCGGGCAAGUACGUCCCCGCGGCGGGGGCGCACAUCCUGGACGCGAACGCGGCGCUUCCCGAGGCGCAGCGCGUGAACCUCCGCGGCGUGGCCAUCGGCAACGGGCUGACGCACCCGGUGGCGCAGGUGGCGACGCACGCGGACUCGGCCUACUUCCUGGGCCUCGUGAACGCGCGGCAGAAGCGGGAGCUGGAGUCGCUGCAGUCCGAGGCGGUGUCGCUGACGCUGGCGGAGCGGUGGGUCGCGGCGUCGGACGCGCGGGGGAAGGUGCUGGCGCGGCUGCAGAACCUGACGGGGCUCGCCACGCUGUACGACUACGCGAAGCAGCGGGACUACGCGACGGACGCCGUGGGGGUGUUCCUGAACCGGGCGGAGAGCAAGUCGGCGCUGGGCGCGCGCGGGGACGUGGCGUGGGAGGAGUGCAGCGACGCGGUGGGCGCGGCGAUGCACGGCGACGUGAUGCGCAGCGUGGUGCCGCAGGCGGAGUCGCUGCUGCGGCGCACCCGCGUGCUGCUGUACCAGGGCGUCCGUGACCUCCGGGACGGCGUCGUGUCCACGGAGGCGUGGCUCGCCGGGGUGCGCUGGGACGGCCUGCGCGCGUUCCAGGACGCGCAGCGCGCCGUGUGGCGGACCGGGGACGGGGAGCUCGCGGGCUACGUGCAGCGGUCCGGCGCGCUGGCGCACGUGGUGGUGUACGGCGCCGGGCACCUGGUGCCGGCGGACAACGGCCGCGCGGCGCAGGAGAUGAUCGAGGGAUGGGUGCUUGGGACGGGGCCGUUCGGCCGCGUUGGGCACGGCGACGGCGUCAGGAGCGCCGCAUGAUGCGCCCCGGCGCGGAGGAAUUUGUCCAAGCCGAUGACUGCGCGAUAUGGAUUCUUAAUUUAAUGGAUUUGAUCUGGUGUUUAUCGAGUGGUACCGAUACCGAUCGCGACGUGAAGAAAAUGCGGAUAUUUUCACUGUUUGUUAUGUUAAUUGGGAUGGAAAACGCAAUGCAUGUUGAAGGGUCUCCGUCUGUGCUUUUGUUUU